UUGAGAUUGCUGUGCCACAAGGAAGCAGCAUUACAGUUCUCAUAAAGUUGGGGACCUUGACUCUGCCAUCAAAACCCUGUUACAUCAUUAUUUCUAGAAGACAUGUAACCACAUUGUCCAUCAAAUCUGGAGAAAGACCAGUUUUUACCUUUAGCUGCCAGAAUCCUGAGAACCACUUUGUCAUAGAGAUCCAGAAGAACAUUGAUUGCAUGUCAGGCCCAUGUCCUUUUGGGGAGGUCCAGCUUCAGCCCCCAACGUCAGUGUUGCCCGCCCUCAACAGAACUUUCAUCUGGGACGUCAGAGCUCACAAGCGCAUUGGCCUAGAGCUUCAGUUUUCUGCUCCUCGCCUGAGGCAGAUCGGGCCGGGUGAGAGCUGCUCAGAUGGAGUCACUCACUCCAUCAGCGGCCGCAUCGAUGCCACCAUGGUCAGGAUCGGAACCUUCUGCAGCAACGGCACCGUGUCCCGCAUCAAGAUGCAAGAGGGGGUGAAAAUGGCCUUACAUCUACCAUGGUUUCACCCUAGAAAUAUCUCCGGCUUCAGCAUCGCCAACCGCUCGUCCAUAAAACGACUGUGCAUCAUCGAAUCUGUGUUUGAAGGCGAAGGCGCAGCCACCCUGAUGUCUGCCAACUACCCAGAGGGCUUCCCUGAGGACGAGCUCAUGACCUGGCAGUUUGUUGUGCCCCCGCACCUGCGGGCCAGCGUCUCCUUCCUCAACUUCAACGUCUCCAACUGCGAGAGGAAGGAGGAGCGGGUGGAGUACUACAUCCCCGGCUCCACCACCAACCCCGAGGUGUUCAAGCUGGGGGACAAGCAGCCUGGGAACAUGGCUGGGAACUUCAACCUCUCCCUGCAGGGCUGCGACCAAGAUGCCCAAAAUCCAGGGAUCCUCCGGCUGCGGUUUCAAGUUUUGGUUCAACAUCCACAAAAUGAAAGCAAUAAACUCUAUGUGGUGGACUUGAGUAAUGAGCGAGCCAUGUCCCUCACCAUCGAGCCACGGCCCGUCAAACUGAGCCGCAAGUUUGUCCGCGGCUGCUUCGUGUGUCUCGAGUCUCGAACCUGCAGCGUCAACCUCACCCUGACAUCUGGCUCCAAACAUACGAUUUCCUUCCUUUGUGAUGAUCUGACACGUCUGUGGAUGAAUGUGGAAAAAAACAUAAGCUGCACAGACCACAGGUACUGCCACAGGAGAUCCUACCCGCUCCUGGUGCCCAGAGACAUCCUCCUGCUGCCCGUGGAGCUGCACGACUUCUCCUGGAAGGUGCUGGUGCCCAAGGACAGGCUCAGCCUGAUGCUGGUGCCAGCCCAGAAGCUGCAGCAGCACACCCACGAGAGGCCCUGCAACACCAGCUUCAGCUACCUCGUGGCCAGUGCCAGCGCCAGCCCCAGCCAGGAGCUGUACUUCGGCUUCUUCUGCCCUGGAGGCUCGAUCGAGCAGAUCCAGGUGAAGCAGAACGUCUCCGUGACCCUUCGCACCUUUGCCCCCACCUUCCGAGAAGAGGCGUCCAGGCCGGGCCUGACCGUGUCUUUUAUACCACAUUUCAAAGAGGAAGGAAUUUUCACAGUGACCCCAGACACAAAAAGCAAGGUGUACCUAAAGAGCCCUAACUGGGACCGGGGCCUGCCAUCCCUCACCUCAGUGUCCUGGAACAUCAGCGUGCCUAGAGACCAGGUGGCCUGCCUGACCUUCUCUAAGGAGCGGACUGGCGUAGUCUGCCAGACGGGGCGUGCCUUCAUGAUCAUCCAGGAGCAGCACACCCGGGCAGAGGAGAUCUUCAGCCUGGAGGAGGAGGUGCUCCCCAAGCCAAGCUUCCACCAUCACAGCUUCUGGGUUAACAUCUCUAACUGUAGCCCCGCAAGUGGCAAGCAGCUUGACCUGCUCUUCUGGGUGACGCUUACUCCAAGGACUGUGGACCUGACUGUUGUUGUCAUCGCAGUGGUGGGAGCUGGAACCUUACUGCUGUUUGUCCUCGGACUCAUCAUUUGCUGUGUGAAAAAGAAGAAAAAGAAGACAGACAAGGGCCCUGCUGUGGGUAUCUACAAUGGCAACAUCAAUACCCAGAUGCCCAGGCAACUAAAAAAGUUGAAAGAACGAAAGGACAGUGACCCUCAUGUGUACGCAGUCAUCGAUGACACCAUGGUGUAUGGGCAUCUGCUACAGGACUCUGGAGGGUCCUUCCUCCAGCCAGAAGUGGACACCUAUCGGCCCUUCCAGGGCACCAUGGGGGACUGCCCUCCCUCCCCACCCCCCACAUGCUCCAGGGCCCCAACUGUAAAGCUGACCACAGAUGAGCCACCCCCUUGCCUCACUCCUGAGUCUGAGAGCGAACCGUACACCUUCUCUCACCCAAGAAAUGGGGAUGUAAGCAAUAGGAACACAGAAGUGCCCUUACUGGACACUCAGGAGCCAGAGAAGCCAACCGAGUAACUUGGACCUAUUGCAAAGACUUUACUGACACAUGUAGGGCAGGGCACUGAGACACACUUCAGUGUUCUAACCAGAAACCCGCAAAGAGGAGUCAUGGAAGGAGCAGCAGGUUUUCUAGGACAUCACCAUCGCCAGUUUCUCAGUGGGCUCAUUCCAGUGAUAAGACAUUGAAAAUAGUGACUUCUGAUCUGGAGACAGUCACCACAGUUCACAUCUUUCUAAACUCAGGUUUAAUGAGAGGAGACCUGUGUCACCCAGCACAGAGUGACAGCAAGCCCUGGAUUCAGAGUGAUAAACGGAGGUUUGCCCUCUUCGAGGGCAACAAUUCCAACUCCUAGGAGCUGCCCUAGGUCCCUGUUCUUCUUGGGUCUCUGAGUGAAAAUGACCCUGUGCCUUUUUACUGUUAUUUUUUGUUAGGUGGUCCUGUGUAUGUGUUUAAGAGGUCAUUGUGUAAACGUGUAGCUCUUUUCACCUGACAUCAGUAACAACUCCUGCUAACUGGUUCAGAUGCCUAGAUUUAACUUCUACCCACCACUAGAUAAACGUAUGCCUGUCACC